UCUUUUUAUUGCAACACUCCUGUAUUAUAUAUGUCCAGUAAAACGGUGAAACUUUUAACUGAUGAAUUAUGCUAUCCUUAGACAGAGCCAGAGUGUUGUCUUCCAAUUAAAGAUUGAUACUUAUCUCUGAAAUGUAAAUCGUUAUCCAAACUUCUCAGAGUCCGUCUGUUUGCAGAUCCUCAACUCAAGACUCAGAACAGACCUGAGUGAGGUAAGACUUGUUAAGCUCCUCGUAAAGAGACACAAAACUUGAACCCGCUAUGCAAGAACACUGGGACGGAGACUUAGGUGAAGUGUCAAAAAGACUGGAUUUAAUAAGUCCACAAAAAACCAGGCAGGGGACAAAGCAAACUCUGAAGAGAGUGGGAAGAACGUAGAGCAGGGCUGAGACGGAGGUUGGGCUGGACGUGGCAGGCAGGACGGAAUGGAAUGUGGAGUUUCUGGAACAGGCAAAAAACAGAACAGGAUUAGCAUACGAAAAAAUCCAACAGGAAGAGUAUACAAAAAGACUAGAAAAUCUAGUCAGCCGGAACUGGAGUUUACCACUGUGAGUAUACGAAGAACUGGCGAAGUCUGAUGAUCGAACCGGAGUUUUAAGCAGCAGCAGCUUGAAAGCCGCUGCUGUCUGUGAUGCCCUCCCAUGACGCCCAGGUCGCUAGCUGACACUGCCAGUGAGCGGGAGACGCCACUGCACAACCGGUCCUGGGCCGGCACAGUCAGCCGGUUCUCGCCCUCCCACUUGCACACUGGAGAUUAAACUCCUCCCACCUACCAGUAUCCACAGCCAUCAGCUCCAAUCCACCCAAGUAAGUUCCUUUCAUAAACCAACUCACUGACGUCCUCGGCCAGCACCAGCAGCAGCCAAAAACCGCAGUAUCUUCAACGCAAUCAGCAACACCAGCACAACCAGCACAACCAUUAUUAACACCACCAGCAGCAACCAUCAUGUCCAGUCGUAGAAAGUCCUCCACCCCCUGCAUGGUCCGAGUCGUGCAUGAAGAGCAAGAUGACCCUAAUGAGGUAAUGGAUAUGGAAAUAUUGACGGACAACUAUGCGACAGAAAAAGAACAAUCAGAAUCAUCUGAAACUGCAGAAGACCUCCAGCAGGAGAACUCAGAGAAACCAGACCAGCAGACGUUUCCAGAAACAGUGGAAACCCAGAAUACUGAGCCAUUAGAACAAACGGAGCAGUUGAGAGAAAAAGACCAACCCCCUGUCAUUGACGAUGAAGAAACCAUAGAGGAGAAGGACAGGGAAGAGGUGGACUCUGACCCGCUGCCUCAGAAAAAAGAGUCCAGAGGCUAUGAAUGCAAAUACUGCCCGUUUUCUACACAGAACCUGAAUGACUUUAAAGAUCACGUAGACUCCAGCCACCCUAACGUCAUUCUCAAUCCGUUGUACCUCUGUGCUGUCUGCAACUUCAACACCAAGAAGUUUGACUCGCUCACAGAGCACAACGAGAGCCAGCACCCGGGCGAGACACAUUUUAAGUUCAAGCGGAUAAAAAUGAACAAUCAGACUAUCUUAGAACAGACAAUCGAAGGCAAGGACAAUUCAGUUGUAUGCAUAAUGUCAAAUGAACAGGACAACAGCAACAGCAGCUUUAUGUUUCCACCAUGCAUAUCAACCACAGUGAAAAUCCCCGACAAUAUCCAGUCACUGUAUCAAGGGGGGAAACUGAAAAGCCAGACUCAGAAGAAUCAAAUCACAGCAGUCAACAUCAACAGAACAGUGAUCAUCCCCGAACCCAAUAUCCUUCAAGGGCUCUCGCAUGUCACCCCAAUGCUCCAGCGUCCGCCUAACUUUAAAUCUGUACCAAAAAUAGCUGUUCCCUUGAACACCACCAAAUAUAACCCUUCUUUAGAUGACAAUUUAACGUUAAUCACGUCCUUUAACAAGUUCCCUUACCCAACGCAUGCUGAGCUGUCGUGGCUGACGGCUGCCUCCAAGCACCCGGAGGAUCAGAUCAAGGUCUGGUUCACUACCCAGCGGCUGAAGCAAGGCAUCACCUGGUCCCCAGAGGAGGUGGAAGAAUCCAGGAAAAAGAUGUUCAAUGGCUCCAUCCCUCCUGCACAUCACACGUUUACUGCCGCUCAACCGUCUGUCAAAUCCACCCAGCAGACCUUUGUCCACACCACAGUCGGACACACAAGUUACGUCCGGACCACUACGUCCAAUGGGUUGAGUGUAGUCACCACCACAACUUCUCCCGGUGAAGUUGCAAUUAGUUCCAGCCUUGCUAUUAAACGAUCUUUGCCAACACAUCUAAUGACAGUGUCUGGCCCGGAGGCUAAACGGCCCAUAAUGGCAGUUGCCCCCCAUUCUGGCAAUGCUAAAGACAGGGGCCUCAUGGCUCCUCCCCCUCCCCCUCCUCCAAAAGACCGCCUCCCAAUGGCUCCGCCCCCUGUCCCAAUGGAGACGAGGAGACCUGUAGCAGUUCCUCUGGUCACCUCUGAGAUGAGGUGGCCAUCCUCAACUGUGCCUUUAAUGCCACCGCCCUCAUCAUCAUCUUCUUUGUUGUCCAAAGGGAAGAUUCUCUCUACGUUAGGAAACACCAAAACAAAGCCAGUGGUGUCCCUGCCCUCCCUAGUCUUUCCAGAAUUUUUAACAAGGCCCUUGAUAGUUCCUCCGCCUAUCUUUGCGCCUUCAUUUCAAAACCCUUUACUUUUUCCUAUAACUUCGCCUAUCACUUCCAAAGAAAAGCACCUUUAUACUCAUGCUUUGGCAGCUUCUGAUCAGAAGCUGCCAAACUCCCCACCACUCAAUGGCCAACAGAUAAGAAGGUCAACCAUUAUCCAGUCAAUUCGGGCUCCUAUUAAAGCCCUGUCCCAGAUUCCAGGGUUUCCCUUCGAUAGCAAGAAACUAAAAGAGCAACAAGGAUUUGAUUGGAAAUCCAGCUACCCCAGAGGAGAUAAAGUACUCUAUCCUCUGGCAGAGGCCAACGGGACAUCUCGUACAGACGGAAAAUGGUCCCACAAUCACAACUCCCUGGCUCAGCACAAUGGUGUCCUACAUUUGGAUGGUGGUGAGCUGGCUGGAGUCCUGAAACCAGACUUUCAUCAAAAGUCCUCAGUCCUGACCCAAUUCCCCUUGCUGGAAAGGAUGAAAGGAAAGACAGCGGAACAGCUGAAGAUACUGGAGGAGAACUUCUUGAGGAAUGGCUUUCCCACUCUUAAUGAUGUGGAUAAUCUGGCGGGCAGCACCAACUUGUCUCACGAGGAAAUCGAGAGUUGGUUUGUGGAACGCCGUGCACUACGCGACAACCUGGAACAAGCCCUUCUUAACUCCAUGGGCACUAAGAGGAUGGGCACCGGUGGCAUUGCUGCCAUCACUAAGAAACGACUACAUCAACAACAACACCAAACCCUACAGCUAAAUGGGAUUCACAAGCCAAGCACUGGUGUGGGCCAUCUUAAAAGCCCUUUGACUCCCUCGCAUUCCAUGCCCAUCAUUGCACCCUCCAUCCCCAACCCUAAUUCCUGCUCAGUGCCUCCAGACAGAAGAUCCCAGGCCCUCCUCGACGACGAUUUUGCUCAAACGCGGUGGCCUUCCCCUGAGGAGAUCAGCCAAAUGGAGAGUCGGACAGGACGCGCCGAAAUUGCCCGCUGGUUCCACGACAGCCGGCUGCAGAGCGGCCACAUGGAGCUGACAGAACUUUUUGUGAAUGGAGGGCAGGGGCAGCCUGUGUACUCACCCAAAAACUCUCCCCCCAACAUCCUCCAGCGCUGUCAAGAAGGAGCCCUGACAAACAACCACAGCAGUAAGAUGUUGGAGGUUGAGUUGGGCUGGCUGAUGGAUCAGCGCGCCCAUAGCCUCAGCAGUCAACAGCAGGAUGAGCUCCACGACCGGCUUGCUGGCAGACUGAGGCAGCAGAACCUGGUGGAGUUUAAGAACGGGGGACGGAACGGAGGAGUCGGGGGAGGAGUGCGGGAGAUGUUCAGCAGCUGGCUGGAGGACGGACACUCGAGGAGGGGGCGGGAUCUGCUCCUGGACAGAGAGAGGAAGAUGACAGAUGACACAUCUGGGAGGCUGACUGGAUAAACGGUGCGAGUAGGAUUUUCCGCCAUCGCCGCCGCCGCUGCUGCUGGAAUCAUAAGAAAACGAGGUGGACUGAAAAUGAAGCAACGAAAAUAAGUUGUUUUUUAAAAUCAUAUGAUCUUUUCCUUUUUCUUUUUACAAUUUGUAUCUCUUGAUUGUCGCAUCUCAGAUCACGCACAACAUCCUCCUCAGAGUUACCCGGCCUUCACAGACCUGAUGCUACAAAAGCCUGAGUAAGAAGGGGGCUUUGCUUUGGCACCUUUUAUCUUAGCGAGGUGUACACAUGCUCCCUAAUUGAAAUCAUAUGAGUGCAAGGAGACAUUCCGGGUUACGAUCUGUGAAGGUAAUUGAAACAGCCAACCUCUACUGCGAAAUUCAAAUUCCUUUCUAUUCAUUUCUCACAGGAUUUAGAGUUUUUCAGUAAUAUUACAGGAGCGAAUCUUCUUCCAGUAUAUGCAGAAACAAGGUUCAACACUCAACAUCAGAAAGACCACUGAGAUGUGAAUAACUGGUAUCCAACAACAGGUGGGAUUUUGGUUUUACAAACCCUAAAUCCUCUUUAAGAUCUGGAUUAUUUGUGUCUUUACUAAUCAAUAAGACUUAUUUGUACAAGUCCCACCAGCCAAUCACAGUAGUAUGAAGAAGGCUGCAAACUGAAGGUAAAAUGAAACAAGUAAAAUAGUUUGUACUGCCCCUUUAAUUGUAAUUGUCCCUUUGAGUUUAUGAUCCUGAAUAUUUCCACUUGGUGCCAGUUUCAUGACAAAACUAGUACUAAUGCUGACUCAUCCUUACAAUGAAUUAUCAUUGCACUCAUGACAUAAUCAGACUUGUUAUGAAAAGUUAAGAAGAUCCAAGUUGCAACAGAAUCAGAGAUUUGGGUUGUUUUUUAUUCCACCAAAUGUUCAUCCUUGUAAAACAUGAAA